AAAUCUUUUAAUCAGUGGACGUGAAAAGUUGUCUUUACACAGUUUAGUUGACUUCUCAUAAAGAAGAGUCAACAAAUUCGUCUCUCCGCUCAUCGUCGUUGGAGAAUAGUCAGAGACCCAGGGCGCCGUAAGCAAAAUCUUCUUUGAAGUGCUCUUCUCAGCCAAAAGAGUAGAAAAAGAGAGUUAACAAAUCACGAGAUAGAUCAGACCAUUAAAAAGUGGAAACUCCCUAGUGUUAUAACAACCCUCACUGCCUCUUUUUUUGUGUAUUUGAGCAAAGUCUUUUCUGCUUUCUUGCAUGAUUUGAGUUGCCAAAUGAAGUACCAGUUUUAGUUCGUUCCCGAUUCCUACUUUAAUUCGCCUUCUGAGAAAAUUUUCUCAAACAAGCAAGUUGCAUAUACGUAGUUAGAGAAGUCAUGGAGGAUGAUGAUGUUUACACAAAAGAUGGGACGAUUGAUCACCGCGGAAAUCCGGCUAAUAAGAAAGAAACUGGAACCUGGAAGGCCUGCCCUUUUAUUCUGGGAAAUGAAUUUUGUGAAAGAUUGGCGUACUAUGGGAUGAGCUCUAACCUGGUGACAUAUUUCAAGGAACGACUAGGCCAGCAUAGCUCUACUGCUGCUAAUAAUACUUUGAAUUGGAGCGGAACAUGCUACAUCACGCCUUUGAUCGGUGCAUUUUUGGCCGAUUCUUAUCUAGGAAGAUACUGGACUAUCGCCAUUUUCUCAACCAUCUAUGUCACUGGAAUGACGUUUUUGACAUUGACAGCAUCAGUCCCUGGCCUAAAGCCAACCUGCCAUGGAAAUGAUGGUUGUCAUGCUACAGAUUCACAAAAGGCUGCCUUCAUUCUUGCACUUUACACGAUAGCGCUUGGAACGGGUGGGAUUAAGCCUUGUGUCUCCUCAUAUGGAGCAGAUCAAUUCGAUGACGCCGAUGAGGUUGAAAAGAAGCAUAAGGCUUCUUUCUUCAAUUGGUUUUACCUUUCAAUCAAUGUCGGUGCUCUCAUUGCUAGCUCUGUUCUGGUAUGGGUGCAAGAAAAUGUGAGUUGGGGGUUGGGCUUUGGAAUUCCAGCAGCAACCAUGGCAGUUGCUAUUGUGAGCUUCUUUUCGGGUACUCGGCUGUAUAGAAACCAGAAGCCGGGGGGCAGCCCUCUGAUACGCAUUGCUCAGGUAGUGGUGGCAGCCAUGAGAAAGCGCUGGGUCGAAGUACCUGCUGAUAAGGCUCUUUUGUAUGAGGUUGCCGAUGCUGAAUCUGUCAUUAAAGGAAGCCGAAAGCUUGAUCACACACAAGAUUUUAGAUUCUUUGACAAAGCUGCAGUGGAGAUACAAACCGACCACAUAAAGGACUCGGUAAACCCCUGGAUGCUUUGCACAGUCACACAAGUAGAGGAGCUUAAGGCCAUCAUACGGCUGCUUCCCAUAUGGGCCACUGGCAUUAUGUUCUCUGCAGUCUACAGCCAGAUGGGCAGCUUAUUCGUCUUGCAAGGCUUGACGAUGGACCGCCGUCUUGCCCCCUCGUCGUUCAAAAUCCCAUCAGCCUCCCUCUCCAUCUUUGACACAAUCAGCGUCAUCAUAUGGGUUCCGAUCUAUGACAGGAUCAUUGUACCUGUGGCCAGAAAAUUCACAGGCCACAAGAACGGCAUAACUCAGCUCCAGAGAAUGGGGAUAGGCCUUUUCAUCUCCAUUUUCGCAAUGUUGUCCGCCGGUGUUGUGGAGCUUGUCAGACUUAGGAUUGUUCGGAGGCACAACUACUACGAACUCGACUCCAUUCCCAUGUCGAUCUUCUGGCAAGUUCCGCAGUAUUUCCUCAUUGGGUGCGCAGAAGUCUUCACCUUCAUUGGACAGCUGGAGUUCUUCUAUGAGCAAGCGCCUGACGCCACGAGGAGCUUGUGCUCAGCUCUGUCGCUCACAACCGUCGCUCUGGGGAACUACUUGAGUUCCCUACUUGUGACUAUAGUCACGAAAGUGAGUACUAGGCAUGGAAAGCGUGGAUGGAUCCCGGACAAUCUGAACUAUGGUCACCUACAUUACUUCUUCUGGUUGUUGGCAAUCCUCAGUGUUAUAAACUUGGGCGCUUUUCUUGUGAUCUCUAAGUGGUACAAGUACAAGAGGUCCAUGGGAACUCUCCGUUGAUGGCGGUCUCGUCUAGUGAAGAAGUGUGAUGUGGAGACACCAUAUGUGUUGUGUUGUGGUUUAAUAGUAUUUCUGUACGGUAUAGUGUAUAAGGUCUUCUUGAAGUGCAUGUCGCUUUAAAAUGCUAGUCUGCUUUUUUGUUGCUGAAUUAUUGUAAUACAUAGUAACGAAGAUAAAAAAAAGUAUUCAACCUCUA